UUAGCGGACGAUGCAGCUACCCAACUGGGACGAUACAAGAGAUAUCCCAGUGGAGACAAUCGCACGAUUUGAGAAGGACGUGGAGCGAACCGACACCGGGUUCCUGUCGAUAGCAACAGAUGUGGAUAACGGCGGGGAGAAGACCUCGGAACCUCUAGGAAAGAUCAAGGAAUUACUGAAGGAGUUCCAAGACAUUCUUCAUGAAGACCAUCCGAGCGAGCUACCGCCAUAUCGAACGCAUCAACAUGAGAUAGUGGAGGAACCAGAUUCAAAGCCGACCUUCCGAGCACCGUAUCGGCUCAGUCCCAAUGAGUUGACCAACAUGAAAAAACAGAUCGAGUAUCUCCUAGCCAAAGGGCUCAUCCGACCAUCCACUUCGCCAUACGGUGCCCAGUGCUCUUCACACCGAAAUCGGACGGAAGCCUGCGCAUGUGCAUCGAUUACCGAGCUCUCAACAUGCAGACCAUCAAGAAUAAAUAUCCGAUACCACAAAUAAAUGAAACAAGCAUACAGCAA